GUGUGUGUGGUGUGGGGUGUUGAUGCGAGACUACUGUGUUGUCUAUCUAUCUAUCUAUCUAUCUAUCUAUCUAUCUAUCUAUCUAUCUAUCUAUCAAAGGUAUCUGAAGUGAACCCUAUAUUAUCAGCACUGCAGGCAUGGUCAGAGCUUGCAAACUUUCGAAACAUGUAAACAAAUUUAGAUAUACAUUAAUCCCCCGUUUAUCGCGGUGGUUAUGUUCCAAAACCGCCUGCGAUAAAUGAAAAACCACGAUAAACGGAUGCCACCCCAAAAAUUGCAUUUUAUGUAUACAGUACAGUACUGUAUUAACAUUUUACCUUAUUUUAUAAUUAAUAAUUAUAUUUUUAUUAAUAAAUUCCAUUAUUUCAACAUAAAACAAGAGUGACUAAAAAUAUUAUCGUUUACUGCUGAUGUUAUUUGCUGCUUUUAGAUUUAGUGUUUUUUUUUACCCCAUUUUAAAAGAUUCCAUCACUAUGUCAUGGGGCAUCUGUUGACAACGAAUUUUGUUAUCGAUUAUUAUCGAUAUUAUCGAUUAUUUUUAUCAAUUAUUUGUUGCAGCCAUAGUUAUUUUUAGAGGACAGUAAAUCUGUACUGAUUUACAAGAUGUACAAUGACUAGUCUAAAAUUAUAUUUAAUUUAAAUUGUAUUAAUAUAUUAAUAUGAUGUGAGGUCCAGUUACCAGCGUGACACUUAAACACGUAGUAGUAAUAGCUACUUUUUACUUAAAUACAUGUUAGAGUCCAAACUGGUUUACUUUAUCUUGAGUAAAAAAAAGUGUUCAACUUUUACCAGAGUCUUUUAAAACCUUAUUCUGCUUGAGUGAAGGAUGUUUGCCAUCUCAGUUGGGGAAACAAUUUCAAGUACUGAUGCUUCACUUUGUUUAAAUGUGUUUAUAUCACGCGGAUCUGGCAACCUCUGUGGCAGAUGAAAAGAGGACCACAGGUCUUCUUACCAACUCGGAUAUUUGUUGUAUAUAUUUAGAUUUGUAGUUUUUAUAUAUACUUUUAUAUCGCAAACUAUAACAAUCCAUAAAAUAUUUCGCACCAGAAACCAUACUUCAGCUUUCUAUGUCAUCCCAGAUGCCGUGUAAUCCCUCUUAUACGAAUAGUGCAAAAUAAUUCAUUCUAAUAAAAUAUAAUUCCGAUAAAGUUUGUAUCACAUAAAAAAAAGGAGUGUAAAUUAUCUCUCACGCAUCGCUCUUUAAGUCUGAAUAAUUAAUUCGGUGACAAAUAAAUAAUUAAAAACCUUAACGCUAUAACAACUACAGGGGAAAAAACGGUACGAGCUCACACGGUUGCCAAAUCACACGGAGGGAUUUUCUGGUUUUCCGGCUUGUUAACCAAUCAGAGUUCAGGUACCGCCUCUUCCGGUGUGUCCUGCGUUGAGUCUGUUAUAAUAUUCCACAGGGAUGAGUGUAAAUUGAUGGCGCUGUUAUAGAGAGCAACUGCGGAUGCUGAAGUCCUGCGCACUCGCUUAAUAAUUUGGAUCAGCUCUCUGCGCCAUGCCGUUCUCCUUGUUCUGGGCUGUAGAUGUGUACGGGGCGGUGUACAGCCUGUGUACCACUAGGGGGCGCUGGCAGAAAUGCAAGGAGACUCAGCUGGAGCUGAAACGCGUAGCUGCCUCUAAACUGUGCUGCUGGGCCAUCGGCUUUGACCAGCAGGUUUACAUCAACGUGCUCCCCAGUGAAGUGGCUAUACGUCAUCAGGAGGAGACUUAUGAAAACCAGAGAUGGAACCCAGUUGAGGGAUACACAGACACACUGUUGCUUACAGAUCGCUGGUCGUGGACAGACGAGUUUGGAACAAAGCCUCAGCCACUACACAGCUUUCACCUGCCUUCUGAGAACUGGGAGUGGGAAGGAGACUGGUACGUGGAUGAUGAGAGCUGUGGCAGGGAGUCCACGUCUACCGGGGGCUGGGAAUAUGCUGUGGACUUCCCCACUACCUUCACUAAAGAGAAGAAGUGGAACUCAUGUGUGCGGCGCAGACGAUGGCUUCGUUACAGGAGAUAUAAAGCAUUGGGACAAUGGGCCAAGGUGCCUUUAGACAAGGGUCGGCCUCCUCCAGAGCCCUUCUCUGAUAUUAGCUGUGGAGGCUGGGACAUGGGUGAAAAAACAGAGACUCACGUUUCCCUGUGGGCCGUGUCCCAGCAAGGAAAGGUGUGGUUCCGUUCAGGCAUUCAUCAGCAGAAUCCAGAGGGGACAGUGUGGGAUAAUGUCCCUGUCCCUGAUUCCACAGAGGUGGCCCAGAUAAGUGCUGGUCCUGGAGACCUGCUGUGGGCCGUGCUGUGGGACGGACAGCUUCUGGCCAGGACAGGCAUUCACAAGCACUGCCCGAAAGGUGCAUCAUGGGUGAUAGUGGAUCCUCCAAGUAAUACCAAGGCUGUCCAUGUAGCAGUGGGGGUCGGUGUGGUCUGGGCAAUCACCAAGGACAAAAAAGUAUGGUUCAGAAGAGGUGUGAACUCCCACAAUGCCACUGGCCUUGGCUGGAUCGCUGUUGGUGGGGAGAUGACGAUGAUCAGUGUGGCGCCCAGUGACCAGGUAUGGGGGAUUGGCAGCGAGGAUAGGAAUCUAUAUUUCCGCCAUGGCGUAACCCCCACUGAGGUUACAGGAAGCGCCUGGAUCCCUGUGCGUGCCCACAUGGACAACAGUCAUACCACCAAGGCCAGUGACGUUUGCCUCGUCACUGCUGAAAUUGCCGUGCCUACCCAGGGUUCUGUGUUAGGCUGUGGUGACUUGGACAACACAAAUGUUCCCAAAAUCGACAGCCUUGUAUCAACCCUGGUGACAGAACAGCACUCUCCUUUGCCUGAAGUAAAUCAGGAGAAGGCAGGAGAGGCCGGGAUGCCUUGCCAGAAUUCUGAGCUCCUCUGUAUCCAACCAAAAAGCAGCGAGUUGCCAUGGAUUAGUGUGGAUCUGGCAGAAAUGAAAACCCCGUCAGCCAACGUGGCAGAGAAAGCUGUGGCUGUGUAUCCCAUGGAGCUGUGUCAAGCCACAAAGCAGAAGGAGCGACCGCAAUGGGCAUGGAUCGCUGCAGGACAAUGCGAGAUAGAUUCCAACACGAACUUCAGCUGGCUGGAAAUGGCAGAUCCAUCCAUCACUCCUGCUCUUGGCAUUGCCGGUGCCCAGGGCCUGUUGUCAGACAAAACAGGGCUAGAAAAUGACAACACUAUGGAGAGGUCUGUCAGUGUAAAGAAAACAAACAUGUGCUGGUGGAGGGACUGGCAGCCUCAUCGAAUGGAGGAGGUGUGUGUGACCCUGGAGCAGGUCAGAGGUGUUGGAGUUCCCCACGAUGACAUAGUCUACAUUUACUAUACACACAACCAGGAAAGGAAGUAUCUGUAUGCUGUGAUGGAGGAAGUCACAGCUCUCGUUCCAGUACACUGGGAAUCCAUGUACGCGCUGGCUAUUUAUACAGCUGAGAGAACAAGGCAAAGGUGGCCUAUUCUACUAUCUACAGAUUCCCAACAAGACAUGGAGAGCUGGCUGUCUCUGUUGAAUGAGUCUUGCUGUAAGUCCAGAGUGCUCCAGUCCCCUCCAUCCAAACAAGCCCUGUGGGCUGUUACCACCAAAGGGGAUAUCAUGGUGCAUGAGCCUUCACCCUGCUUAGAAGCUCCAGCUCAGUAUUUACCCUGUGAUCAGAUGUUUUGGCGGCAGGUCCCUGGCCACCUGCGCUCGGUGGAAUCUAACAGUCUGGGUGUGGUCUGGGGCAUCGGCUAUGAUCACACCGCCUGGGUCUUCACAAGGGGCCACGGUGAAACCCGAGCUCAGGAUAACCAAACGAAUCAACAAACAAUGACCGACAUCAGGAACGUUUACAUCUUUGAGAACCAGCGCUGGAAUCCUGUCACAGGAUACACAAAUAAGGGUCUACCUACAGACCGAUACAUGUGGAGUGAUGCCCUUGGACUGAAGGAGUGCACUAAGGAGAGCACCAAACCCCCCUCCCCUGAGUGGAAAUGGGUGUCAGACUGGGUUAUUGACUACAGCACUCCAGGAGGGACAGAUAAAGAAGGCUGGCAAUAUGCUGCAGAUUUCCCAGUGACCUUUCAUGGUUAUAAGACCAUUAAGGACUUUGUUAGACGAAGGCGAUGGGUCAGGAAGUGUGAAAUUACUUUAAGGGGGCCCUGGCAGAAAGUCCCACCCAUCCCUCUUAUUGAUGUCACCAUCCUGCCUUGUCUGGCCAAGAGCAACUUGGAGCAGGUGCCUGUGUGGGCCAUCAGCGAGAAAGGAGAUGUCCUGUGUCGUCUGGGAGUCACUGCAGAGAACCCAGCUGGCAGCUCAUGGCUCCAUGUUGGCACAGAUCAGCCCUUUAAAUCCAUAUCCAUUGGAGGAGGACACCAGGUGUGGGCAAUUGCCAGGGAUGGAGCAGUCUUCUACCGUGGCUCAGUUUCAUCCCAAAACCCUGCAGGCGAGUGUUGGUACCACAUCCCCUCUCCUAACAGACAGACUCUUAGACAGGUGUCUGUAGGCCGGACCUCUGUAUAUGCUGUUGAUGAAUCCGGGAAUCUGUGGUAUAGGCAGGGUUUGACCCCUAGUUAUCCUCAGGGUUCUGCAUGGGAGCUCAUCUGUGGUAAUAUGUGCAAAGUCUCUAUCGGGCCACUGGAUCAGGUUUGGAUCAUUGCAGAUAAAGUUCCAGGUCACUCGACAGAGAGUUCAGGUACCGUGUGCCACAGGCUGGGGGUGAGGCCCAUGCAGCCGAAAGGCUUAUCGUGGGACUUUGGAAUUGGGGGAGGAUGGACACACCUGUCAGUUAGAGGAAACUCCACAGAGGCCCAGCGUGCCGUCCCUCCCAGCCCUCAGACCAGCAAGAGGCAGGAGCAGUGAUCGUUUUGUUCUGCACAUGAACAACAUGCACAACGAGGAGCAAUUUCACUUCUUACUGGCACAUUUUGAGGUGAGAGAAAACCAAAGGACCUGGAGAAAAACAAGAACAUGCACAGAAACCAAACUGGUUGCAUGGUGCAGUGAGGUCUCAAGAAUCCGCUCCUAUUUUGGUUUUAUGUUCAUUAUGACCCAUUUCUGACCCAUUAAUCCUUCACACGUUUGACUGUCUUUAAAGUAUUUAAUGUCCUUUUAUACAGCUAGAAAAGGCUCAGUUAUACUGCCUACUGCUACUGUCAUUGAAACGAAUCAUUGAGCACUACAUUAAAUUUAUUUCUUAGUUUACUGACUGGGUAUAAAAAAUAAUAUUUA